GCGUGGGCGGUGUUCUUUGGGCCGCGCGGACUUUCCUCAUUCAUCUCGCAGUAGGAUAUGUCACAGUGAUCCGGAUCGCACAGUCUCCCCGUUACACCGGACAGCAUGCUGCGGGCGUGCAGGAAAGCACGGGCUGCGGCCCUGGCUAAGGAAUGCCUUUGUGCUAAAACAUCUCUACGGCCUGUGCGUGCAUCAAGAGCCUACUCCACCGGCGAGUCCUCCGGGCCCUCUGCCGGUAAGAUUGUUGCUGCCGGUCUGCUGUUUGCUGGAGGCGGUAUCGGCGGAACUGUUCUUUAUGCCAACUGGGAUGCCAAAUUCAGAGAGAAUGUUGAGAAGUCCAUUCCCUACUCUGAGAAGCUUUUUGACUUUGCACUUGGACCUGCGCAGCUCGCGUCAAAAACAAAGCAGGCACCGUCUGGUCCUCUACAGAUUUCGUCGGUGACCGAAGUGAUGAAGAACUCGUCGCAGCGGAAAGAGAAGCCCGAGGCCGCAUCUCCUGCGAAGGAUAACGUAGAAUCUUCAGCGCACGUUGCCCAGAUCAUUUCAGCAACAGGUGAAGCCCUUUCCGUCCCGGCGGCCGUGGUUCAUGAAGAUGACGUACCCAAAAUCCCCGAAUCUAAAGAGAAGAAACCAGACCACCAAACCAGCGCAGAGCACUGUAAGGAGUGCGAUCACGAGGGGUCUCAUGGCGUAAAGGAGCGACCGGCAGAAGAAGUGGCAGCUCGUCUCAAUCAGUUAGAAAAAGAAGAAAAAGAAAGGGUUGAGUCGAUGGCUGCCGUGCUCGAGGAGGCGCUAAGCAAGACGGCCCGGAUUACUCUACAGACAAUCGGCACUCAGGAGUCUGCCGUGCAGGCGAUAAACUUCCAUGCCCAGAAACUGCGAGAGGCCAUGGAUGACUCCCAGAUCCCGAGUGAAAACAAGUCCUUGCAGUGGCGAGAUUUGGAAGAUGCCUUAAAGGUGCGAAGCAAAGCUGUGGAUGGAGCAGCGGACUCCCUUCUCAAGGCUAAGGAGGAGUUGGAGAAGAUGCAGCGCGUUAUUGAUGACUAUAAGAAGAAUGCUGUUAACGGUGCCAAGGCUCACAUCAUUUCUGCCGAGGAGAACCUGCAUCGCAUGAUUGUGGACCUCGAUAAUGUUGUUAAAAAGGUCCAAGCAGCUCAGUCCGAAGCCAAGAUCGUGGCCCAGUACCAUGAGCUGGUGGCCGUGGCUAGGGAGGGAUUCCAGAAAGAACUGGACAGCAUCACUCCUGAAGUACAGGCUGGCUGGAAGGGAUUAAAAAUUUCCGAUAUAGCUGGCCAGCUGAGCACGGAUGACCUGAACUCCCUUAUUGCGCAUGCACACCGGCGCAUUGACCAGUUGCACAAGCAGCUUGCGGAAUACCGAGUCCGAGAGCAGCAGCACAUCGAGGCAGCCUUAGAGAAUCAGAAACUCGAGGAUAAGAAAGCUCUUGAGAUGGCGGUGAGCAAGGCGCUGGAACACUACCGGUCCGAGAUUCAGCUGGAGCAGGACAAGAAGGUUGAAGAGGUGCGAGAAGUGAUGGAGGCAGAGAUGAGGACCCAGCUGCGCAGGCAAGCGGCCGCUCACACCGAUCACCUGCGAGACGUUCUGACUGUCCAAGAACAGGAGCUGAAAGCAGAAUUCAAUCAGGCUUUAGCCGAAAAGAUUUCAGAGCAAGAGAUGCAGUUUAGACGUCUUUCCCAGGAGCAGUUAGACGGCUUCACGUUGGACAUUAAUACGGCCUAUGCACGCCUCAAGGGCAUCGAGCAGGCCGUGGAAGGGCAUGCAGUCGCAGAAGAAGAAGCCAGAAAGGCCCAUCAUCUAUGGCUUUCGAUCGAAGCAUUAAAAUUCUCCCUGAAAACUGCCUCUGGCGAUGGCCCUACUGAACCUCUAGAGGGCGCCGUUCAGGGCAUCAAAGCCAGCUGCUCCAACAAUGAAUUCACCGAAGCCCUGACCGCAGCUCUCCCGCAAGAGUCUCUAAACAGAGGUAUCUACAGCGAGGAGGCCCUCAGAACCCGAUUUCAUACCGUCCGAAAAUUGGCCCGUCGGGUGGCCCUGAUCGAUGAGACCAGAAAUAGCCUCUACCAAUACUUCCUGUCCUACCUGCAAUCGCUGCUUGUAUUCGAACCUAAACAACUCCAGCCCCCAAUGGAGCUCAGCCCCGAAGACCUCGACGCUUUCAAACUGCUGUCCUACGCCUCUUACUGCAUUGAACGCGGGGAUUUGGAGCUGGCGGCCAAGUUUGUGAACCAGCUGACGGGAGAGGCAAGAAGAGUGGCCCACGAUUGGUUAGCAGAAGCCAGGGUCACCUUGGAAACCAGACAGGUCAUUGAUAUCUUGUCCGCCUAUGCAAGUGCAGUUGGUUUAGGAACAACACAAGUACAAUAAAUUUCACUAACAAGGGAAAUCUCAUGGAAAUGCAUCAGUGUUGGGGGAAAAAGUUUCCUUUUCAUGACCUACAAAUAAACCUAAUUUAAAUUC